AUGGCUUCCGGGACGAGCAGCAGCAGUAGCUCAUCCUCACGGCGGCAAAAGGUCCAGGUCGGCUGGUAUCGCUUUGUACCAUUCCUCGGCUACCACCAUGUGUUGAUGAUUCUCAUCGCCAUUGCCAUUAUUCUACUAUCACUACUGCUCGCUGGAUGUUCAUCAUCUUCACCGCUUAUCCCCGACAUCUUCCUACUAUCAAUCUACUACAAGGAUUACACAGCCGUGCCUGACACAGCCCAAGUCGACUACAACCUCCACUCCGCCAUCGAAAAUAUUGCAGGCGAUGCGUCGCUACAAGCCCGUGUCGGUUACUUCGGCAUCUGCAUAAACCCUGAUGGAGGCUCCUGGCUGUGCAGUAACAAUGCCACUGCUCUAGCUAAGGAGGUUGAUGUUGACCAAGACCCUCUCAACCUUAUCUGGCUCGCUGCUCAGUUCAAGGAUAUGAUUGUUUUUCCCUACCUUAUUAUCAUUGCCAUCAUCUUCGCCUUUGUCUGCCUUCUUCUUCUCGCUACCUUCCCUGGUUGGCACGAGGAGACCGACUCUGAGGGUUCUGACCGCGAAGUCAAGCCUUUCCCGUCCCGCCCUGUCUCGCAGAUUGCUCUCGCCUUGAUCUUUAUCUCGGCCAUCUUUGUGCUCGUUUCCGUACUAUGGCAACAUACAGCGUCCGUGGCCGCCUCGGUUAUAGCCCAGGAUUUCGGAAACGGAGCUGUCAGGAGUGGUGUGGGCACCAGCGCCAUGGUUUUGGGUUGGUUCUCAUUCGCGUUGCUGAUAGUUGUCACAAUCGGUCUACUCAUUAUGAUCCUCAGUAUAAGCGUGCUCAGUUCGAUGGUAUAG